GUAACCUUGAUGUCUGCUGGAGGUCACUUUGGCUAGGCUCGCAAUAUUUUGCAACCCCCCACGUCGCGAACACAUAUCGCCGCCCUCGCCAUCCUAAUUCGAGUCGCAAAACUCCAGCUCACACCCACUCUAUAGAUUGCUAUCGACGUAGCACCAGGAUAUGGCCAACUAGACGCGAUCUUGCUUCAUAGUGCCCCAUCUCAGCACCAUGGCCGGAAGCCCCGCCGCCUCCGAGACCGAGGUCUCGGAGGCCGCAUCCACACUCGACACCGAGCCCGCUGCCGUCCAGCUUGCAGCCGUGACUGCCGACCCUCCUCCUCUCCUAUCCAUCGAGCUUCCGAACCGAAGUGCCGUUAAUGGCGUCACGGUCGAUGAUGCGUCCCCUGACAUAGAGCACGAAGAGGAGGAGAAGGAGGAAGUGGGGGCGCAUGAGGAGGCGGAUUUCGACGAUUGGUACCCAGCGACACGUUCAAAGGCCGCAAAAGGGAAGGAGCCGGUCCGGGGAGCCGGCGGCCUGGAGAUCCGCAUCACCCCACUGCCGGCGUAUCUCCACGACGAGUACAGAGUGGCGCCGCGGAGCACCUACGUUCGCUCUAUUGUGAACGAGAUUGCAGGCGAGCGUGGUGAAGAAUGGUAUCAUAUCGAAUAUGACGACGGCGCCAUCGACCAGAUUUCAUUUGACGAGCUUGUCGCCUCGGAGAACGGGCUCAAGGCGCUGGAGCUGUUUCAGCAUCCUGCCGAUUCUGUAGGCGGCACCAUGCCCGCCAGGCCUCACAAGAAGCGCAAGCACUCGCAUCGCGAUGACUCCUCGGACGAGCUUCGCUAUGAUGACUUCCCUGACGAAGAUGAUGACAACGAGGGUGGCUCUGAUGAUAUGGACCUUGACGAUGAUGAUGAUGAUGAUGAUGAUGAUGACGAUCGCGGACAUGCACGCAGAUCAGUAUCGUCGCGGGGAUACCGGGCUGAAGUGAGCUCCCGACGAUCGUCGAGGCGUGUCACCCGGACCGGCACCGAGCCCAAGGAGCACUCUCGCCCAGCACAGCGCUCUCUGCGUCCUCGAAUCACUCUACGCACCGGCCAAAACCGGGCGGUCGACCAUGAGGAGGAUGAGCUCGCGGGAGAAAGCAUGGCUCGUGAAAGCGAAGAUGAAGAUGACGAGAGCUUUAUCCCCAUCAUCCGGUCAGAUAUCAACCCCCAAAAACCCAAGCGAAAGCGCGGUCGGCCAUCGCGGGUCACCUACAGGCAGGCAUCGAUCGAGUUCGAAGUGCGGCGGUCGGGAAGGGCCAACAGGACUACCAAGGCCAUGCUUGAUCCGGCGGAUGAUGACUCGUUCUACAUCGAGGACGACAAGGUCCCAGCUGUCCCGAAAGCCAUCAGUAUCAAGGAGAUAUUCCAGCUGGUGGAUAGUGUGGAGUUUGUCGACGCUCACUCCAAGACCUGUGGCACCUGUGGAUCCAGCGGACCGAACCACAACAAGGGCAUGUUGAUUCACUGCCAGGGCUGCUCGUUCUCGUUCCACAAGGUGUGCCUGGGAUACCGAGGAAUGAGAGAUCACCGUGUGAGCAAGGUCGGGACGGACCAUUUCGUGCUCCAAUGCCGCUUCUGCAUCGGCCUCGCCACCAAGAAGGACAGCAAGGCUCCACAGCACGACACUUGCCAGGAAUGCCGCUCCGUUGGUCCGGCAUGCCGCGAGUUUACCCCCAAGCUCACGUCCAAGCAGGAGGAGAAGCUCCGCACUGCCAAUAAUGGUGAAGACCCCAUUACCAAAGUCGCCGCCAAGCUCAUCAACAACCACGAGAAUGUGCUUUUCCGCUGCACCCACUGCAAGCGGGCGUUCCACUAUCUGCAUCUUCCUCGACUGGAGAACGUGCCCGACGAGGACCCAACCGAUAAGGACAAGAUCCGCGCGGACCGCUUAUCCGAGUACUCAAUGCACCACGCAUGCAAGGACUGCCUCGUCCACAAGAACGACGAUAUUCAGUCGCUUGUGGCAUGGAGGCCUGUCGACCCCGACUCGUACAAGAAUGAGUCCUACGGUCUCGUCAGCGAGGACGACAAGGAAUAUCUCGUCAAAUGGGCCCAGAUGUCGCACGCUCACUGCACCUGGAUGCCAGGCGCGUGGAUUUUCGGUGCCAGCCAUGGGACAAUGCGGGCAGCCUUCUCCAGGCGCGACGACGGUCAGCCGCCGCCCCCACGCUUCACCAAAGACGACGCGAUACCGGCCGAGUAUCUCAUGGCAGACAUCAUCUUUGCUGCCAGAUAUCACAGCGGCAGCGAUCGCAUAGUGUCCAAGGAAGAUGCCUUGGCAAAAAUCUCCAAGGUCAAGGAAGUCCGCGUCAAGUUCCAGGGCCUGUCGUACGAUGAGGUUGUCUGGGACUCGCCUCCGUCCAGGAGCAACAGGCCUCUAUGGGACACUUUCAAGGAGGCUUACGUGGAAUAUAUCAACGGCAAGCUCUUCAAUACGGUCUCGCCCCAGCUGAUCAACCAACGCAUCGUCGCCUUCUGCAAAAACCCGCCUCCGGACAUUGAUGAGCAGCCCGAGGCCCUGACAUCCUCCCGCCGGCUGAUGAAGUACCAAGUGGAAGGCGUAAACUGGCUGGUAUGGCACUUCUACAAGAUGGAGAGCGUUAUCCUUGCCGACGAGAUGGGCCUGGGCAAGACGAUCCAGGUUUGCGGCAUGGUGGGCUACCUUUCGCUGCAGCAGCCCAAGUGCUGGCCAUUCCUGAUCGUCGUCCCGAGUUCCACGUGCCCGAACUGGCGCCGCGAGAUGAAGCAGUGGGUCCCAGACCUGCGCGUGGUAACCUACUUUGGCGGCAAGGUCCCGCAGGAAAUCGCAUACAAGAACGAGCUUUUCCCCGACGGGUCCAAGGACAUCAAGGCCCAUGUUGUCAUCAUGUCAUACGACUCGGCCCAAGACCCCCAGACCCGGCACCUCUUCCGCCAAGUGCGCUGGCAGGGACUAGUGGUUGAUGAGGGGCAGCGUCUCAAGAACGACCAGAGCAUUCUCUACGGCGCGCUGCGGGCCAUGAAGGUCCCUUUCCGCCUGCUCCUAACCGGGACGCCGCUCCAGAACAACAAGCGCGAGCUGUUCAACCUGAUCCAGUUUAUCGACACCAGCAAGGUGGCGGCGGAGAUGGACGAGGAAUAUGCCGAGCUGACCAACGAAAACAUCCCGGAGCUCCACGCGCUCAUCAAGCCCUACUUCCUGCGGAGGACAAAGGCCGACGUGCUCAAGUUCCUGCCGCCCAUGGGCCAGGUCAUUGUGCCGGUCAGCAUGUCGGUGGUGCAGGAGAAACUGUGCAAGUCCAUUAUGGCCAAGAACCCUCAGCUGAUCCAGGCUAUUUUCGCCAAGAGCAAGAUGAGCAAGACGGAGCGUGGCUCGCUCAACAACAUCCUCAUGCAGCUCCGCAAAUGUCUCUGUCAUCCCUUCGUGUACAGCGACGCUAUCGAGGACCGCGACCUGGAUGCCAAAACCAUGCAGACCGGCCUCGUCGAGGCAUCGUCCAAACUAGUGCUUUUGAAUAUAAUGCUACCCAAGCUGAAGGAAAACGGCCACCGGGUCCUAAUCUUCAGUCAGUUCCUGGACCAGCUGAGCAUUCUCGAGGACUUUUUGAAUGGUCUUGGAUUCCAGUACCGGCGCCUGGAUGGCAGCGUGACCAGCUUGGAGAGACAGCAUCGCAUUGACGACUUCAACGCGCCCGGCUCCGAGAUCUUUGCGUUUCUGCUUUCCACCCGUGCGGGUGGCGUGGGCAUCAACCUUGCGACUGCCGACACAGUCAUCAUCCUCGACCCGGACUUUAACCCCCAUCAAGACCUUCAGGCGCUAUCCCGGGCGCAUCGCAUUGGGCAGACGAAAAAGGUUCUUUGCUUCCAGCUCAUGACCAAAGGCUCGGUCGAGGAGAAGAUUAUGCAAAUGGGCCGCAAGAAGAUGGCGCUCGAUCACGUUAUGAUCGAAACUAUGGACAAGCAGGACGUGGAGUCGGAUGAUCUGGAAUCCAUUCUGAAGCAUGGAGCGGAAGCGCUGUUCAACGAGGACAACGAAAAGGAAAUUAUCAAGUACGACGAGGCCUCUGUGGAGAAGCUGCUCGACCGGUCGCAUCUCGUCGCGGCAGAGCUCGGUGAGGAUGACAAGCGCGAGCGAGAGUUCACUCUUGCUCGCGUCUGGGUCAACGACAAGGGCGGCCUGGUCGACGACCUGGAGCUGGCAGAGGGCGCCAGCGUAAGCGAGAACGUGUGGGAAAAGCUGCUCAUGGAGCGCGAGAUGGACGCCAAGCGCCGCGCGGAGAAGGAGGCGGUGGUGCUGGGGCGCGGAGGCAGGCGGCGUCAGGUCGUCCAGUACUCGCAGCACAUGCAGUUCGACGACGAGGGCCCCAAGAGCGAGUCGGAGCAGGACGAGGACUUUGUGGCCAACGAAGCCAGCGACGACGAAGCACGGAUAGAGUCGGAUGUGCAAAACGCGGCUCGCAAGACGGGACAGGGACACCAAGAACUUGAUGCCACCCUCCAGCACCACCCAGACUCUAUCGGCGGAGCGCCCGACCCCCAUCUACCAGGCAAUAACCCAACCCAGGGGCAGGCGCCGGGACCAAACGGUGCAGCAUUCCCUACCGCCAUACAGUCCGGGCUCGGUGUCCCAGCCGGCGUACCCAACUACAGCCAGCCAGCACAGCCGGCACAGCCAGCACAGCCAGCACAGCCGAAUGGCACGGUCCGUAAGCCCCGUGGCCGGCCGCGUGGCCGGCCGCCCCUUGGUUCGGGCCGCGGCCGGGAGUCAAGGCCCCAACAAGUCCCGCAGCAGAUCCCUCAGCCCGUCUCCCAAUCCGGGCCGCCAAGCAUCCAAAUCAACCUCUCGGCCCUACCAACCUUUCAACAGCAGCCAAAACGCGGCCACAUACCAAACCAGCCGCAAGCUCCUGGCCAAGGCGUCUACGCACUCGGCAGCAUAGGUUUAGGGCUAACCCAGCUGCGGCCGCAAGUACCAGUGCUGGGUAGCAACAACGUCGGCCACAGCGUCGGUCCUGGAAUCAACCCGGGCGUUGUGCCGACCCAUCCGCAUAUACCCCAGGCCCAGUACAUGCCUCAGCUGCCACCGCACUGCGCACAAUGUCUUCACCGCCACGACCCAACAAAAGGCUGCUCCUUUAACCCAUCGUCCGAGAUGAGCAUCAGGAUGGCGAUCGACAAUCUUCGGGCGUCGCCGCUCCCUCAAGACAUUCUGACUCGGGAAGCACUAAAAGCGAAGCUACGGGAGAUGAGGCAGUCGAGCAAGAAGGGGACCUGAAUUAUACCAUGCCCUAUUUUCCUGGCCUUUUUCUGCUCUGCUCCUGCGAUGAUGAAUAUCCUCUGCCUCUGUUUUUUAGUCCUGUUGUAUAACACUGACCCCGCCGCCGCGACGUCCACCUCACCAGCCGUGUUUUUGCCUGCAACAUUACACAAAGAUUUUCAUUUGGGCAGCGAGUCGCCCAGCCCGGCGGCACCUCUCUCCGCCAGAUCGCACACGCGGGCGGAGCUGUUUGUGAGUGGGUCUCACCCGGGCGUGUUUUUCUCCUUCUUUUAUUUGUUUGCGCGCGAGUCCGAAAAGGGUAUAUCGAUCUACCCGGGACGAGCCACGAUAAACGAAAAAGACCAAGACUUAUCUUAGAGAAACAGGGGGGAACCUGCGUUUGUUUGCCUUGUUUUUUUUUUCUUCUAGACUUUUUUUCCCCUUCCCGCAGAUAUCACCCGUUGUGCAUGCAGGCGGGAUGCAAAUCAUGGCCAAGGGGGAGGAGAGAGGGAUGGAAACUUUAGCUGACGUGCAGAUAGAUGCAAGCUGCGGAGAGGAUAUUCUGCGACAUGGACGGACGCGGGCGGCGAGGUACAUGCCCUAUCUACUUAAUCGAUGACUUGUUAUGCACA